AUGUCAGACAACAACGACCACGACUCGCAUGCUCUCGAAGAGCGCUUCAAGUCCGCUCUUUGGCUAGCCAUCGGCAAGAUAGUCGAUGAAGAAACCAUCGAACUCGGCGUUAAUGCGACCCCUCAGUUCAUCGGAGCUUUGACGGAAAUGGUGUGGGCGCAGAUUGAAACGGUCAGCCAGGAUUUGGAAGCGUUUGCCAAACAUGCCGGCCGCUCGACGAUCAAUGUAAACGACGUCAUGCUCCUUGCCCGCCGCAACGAAGGGCUUGAAUCCAUCUUGCGAGGUUUUGUCGAUCAGCAGAAGGAAAAGGCGCGGCUGCAACAAUCCGGCGAGGCUGAUAGUGACUGA